CAAGACUCGCGAAGUUUCAAACGCCGGCGCCCGAUUUUUAUGUAGCUGCUUGGACGAGAUGCACACGCAACUUCACUGCCCAGCGCGCCGAUGUUGAGAUAUCGUCGGCGCGAGUGCAGGAUUACGGACACUUCAGGUUCACAGAGCUCACACCAUGUCUGAGUGCCCAUGGGCACUUCAGGGGCGUUCACGCGGCUACUUCUCAAGUACGGGUACGUGGGUAAGGCCACGUACAGGCCGUGCGGCACACUCCUUCGUGACAACCUGAGACGGGAAUGGCGACGACACAUCCUGCGAUCAGGCGAGGCCACUGUGCUGCCCAUGGAAGAAGCCUGGCCGGACCAAAUAAAUGCCGACUCACCGGAAGAUUUACAGAUGCUCUGUGCUGCUGCUAAGGAGCUGGUGGAUUCGGAGUCAUCCUUCGGACUGCUGCUGAGUAGCAAAAGCAGCAAGCCCUUGUUCGUAGACCAGUCAUCACAAGACCAGCGGGCAGUUACGCUGGAACAGCUGCUGUUCUUUCCCGCUGCCGGAGAAGAAGCACGGUGGAUGACCUACUGGCAGCGACAACGACUGCGCUGGUGGAGACAGUUUUCCCGGCGACCCUGGGCAUUCCAGCUGGAGCAGACGGGAACCCAGGAGUCGCACGUGGUCCACACGGAAUCCGGACCCCUGGAGAGGCUUUGGAGUCGAGGACGCCUCGUGGCAUCGGCCGGCUGCCUUGAAACGGCUGCGGAAGCUUUCCUGAGGGACGCUCACCAGGAGGGACCUCUAGGCCAGGUUCUCUCUCUACACCCGGGUCUGGCGCCCUUCCAAGCGGCAGUCGCCACGUCGGGAGGCCUGGCCUCCCUAAAGCCAUUGGCCCAGCUGCUUCAGAAACAGCUACGAGGGACACUGGCCAUCUACUCCAACCCCAGCCUGGGCAGCUCUUUGCCACUGGACGACCAGCUGUCCAGGUUUGACGAAAUGGGCGUGGUAGUGGUAGUCAUCCUGGACGAUGCAACGCUGAAGACGGGCGUUGCCCACGUGCGGCACCGAGACACAGGAUUGAAGGAGCAAGUCCACGUGACUGAUGUGUGCACGAGACUGCCGCUGUAUCUGCAGACCACUGCUGAAAGUUCUUCCUGAAGACCUGCUUCCUCUUGCGUUGUAUCUUCAAGUGCCUCGAUUUUCACGACGUUCUCGUGACAGUCCCGUUGUAACCUGUAUUUAUUAAAUAAAAACUGCCGGCUGACAAA